AAGAUAAUGUAUACAAAAAUCUCAGGUGUAAAUUAAUAAUACAGCUCAAUUACCAGCCAUUUUAUUAGUGAUGUUCAGAUUUAAGUGUAAUGACGAGUAAUUCAACAUCAUGGCAACGUUAAUAACGAAUGUCUAUUAAGUUCAACUUUAUUUAUACUCCCUGCAAGCCUACUUAUACAUAGCCUAAUACGCAUUACUAAACACACUGUACAUACAUAGAACCAUUGUGCAACAGCAGGCUACAACGCUAGAAAGUACGUCACAAAUGCUAAAGGAGCACGACAGUUCAGGAUGUAAAUGUAAAACAAUUAACGUCAUGAUGUAUAACCAAAUGCAGUUUAGUCAAAUACACUAGUAGUUCUCAAACUUUUUCACUGUGCGGCCCCCCUUGCAUACGGUGCAUUUCUUCGCGGCCCCCUAAAGAAAUUUUAUGACAAAUGUGCUCUAAAACGUACUAUUUUAAUUAAACAAAACAUAUUCAAUUAUACAAAGUAGUGCAGUUGGUUAGUAGCCUUAUUUUUUUUAGGUUUAAUUACACAGAAUUCAUGAUAAAUUAAUGUUUUUUAUAAAAUUUUUAUAAAAAGGCAUUACACUGUCUUUUGCUUUGAUCAAUUUUCCCAAUGCUUUUUCAAAAUAAAUGAUUUUGAACAUCUUUGUAGAUAGGCGAAAACUAAAGUAAAGCUCCUGUCAUCGAGUGAUGUCACACGCAUGUCGGCGUGGGGGAUUCCGAUUCUGGCACCGGCCCUGACCACUCAGUCUAUAUAAAAGAUAUCAGGGUUCACAAAAUGUUUUUUAUAUUAUGUAGGAUCAGAUGUUUAGAAAACAGUAAAUCACAAAAAAUUACUUUAGCUGGGUUUUCUAAAAUAUAUUCUAAAGUAUUUCAUUUUAAAGAAUGUAACGUUGUAUAAGCUAUGCUAGCCAGGAACAGUAGACUAUUUUUAAAUCCACAUAUAGCAUAAGUACAAUUACAUGACAUUUUUGCAUUCGAAAACAAAAUUUAACAACCAUCCACAAACAUUUUAUUCGCUUCAAGUAUACAUUUACAUUUUUUGUAGUGUUUUAAAAGACAGAGUUCAGUGGGGCGGGGAUAAAGAGUGGAUGGUUAGAGUACUAUUUACAUUUCAGUUAAAUGACACAUGCAGGCUUGAAUUCAACACAUAUCAGUAUCUCUGCUGGAAAACUGAAAAAACGCUAAAAAUGAAAUACAGUAAAAUAUUCUUUCACCUGUUAAUGGUCAUUUUGAUGAUCAAGGCAAAUGCUGAAGAAGUCACCUGUCAGGAGCAGGAACUCAGUAAUGUACAAAUUUUAAUGGGACGUCCAGGGAUCAAUCCACCUUAUACAUCUGGACAUGUCUUGGUUUUCAAAUGCACUGAUGUCAACAUGAAGUUGUAUGGCCACCGGGCCAUUGAAUGCCAGUCAAAUGGAAACUGGGACAACCCAUAUCCAAAAUGUCAAGAGGUAAAAUGUGCUGCAAACCUCACAAACAUGAUCGUGGAGGGACUCUACAAGCCUGGUGACAACUUAAAAGUUUCAUGCAUUCAGGGACGAGGGCUGAUUUUAGAAGGAAAAGAUGACAUCACCUGCCAGGAAGAUGGAGAAUGGAGCAGCCCAUUUCCUAAAUGCAUAGUGAAAGAUUGUGAGCCACCACCAAAUAUGAACCAUAUAAACGCAGAUACAUUAGACAUGCUGGAUCAAAGAAAGACUGAAUACAAGUCAGGGGAGAAAAUUAAAUACAUCUGCCUUGCUACAUACAUUAUGGAGGGUGAUCCCCACUUGACCUGUGUACAAGGCAAAUGGGAAGGACAUUUUACAUGUAUAGAACCGUGUUACGCGUCUCAGCCGGAAAUGGAUAAAAGGAACAUACAGCUGCAAAAAAGUGACACACCAAGAAUUUACGCUUCACAUAAGGAUCACAUAACCUUUGUGUGUAAGAGGGGAAAAUCUCCAAAAAGAAACAGUGUUUACUUUAGACAACAGUGUCUAUAUGGCAAGAUGACUUUGCCUGAGUGUGAAUGAAAUAUAUUGAAGGAAAAAUAAAUGGCUAAAACUUAAUGGCCAGCAAGUAAACACUUGAGCAAAUCAAAAUUAAACAUUCCUCCAAAUUCA